AACCUUUUAGCUCAGGAUUGCUCCAGCUGGUGGUCUGGCACCAUCGUGUUCGCCAUCCUGUCAGCACAAUAACAAACUGGCAGACGUCGUGUUGCUCAGCUCUGCAGGACGUAAACAAACAUUGUUACGGAGUUUUUAUUCCCACUGCGUUACUUCCUCAUCUUGUUACUAUUAAUGAUGGCAGUGAUAUCCGAAGUUUUCCAGGAGUGGACUUGUAACACCAAGUAUGCCUAGGAAAGAAAUAUAUAGAUGUAAGUAGGAAUAACACCAUGAAGCACCUUACUUGGAGUAGCCACAACAGGGUCAUCUGGGAGGUGGCAAGCAAACUCCUAGAGGAUGGUGUGCAGGUGGAUGUGUAUCUACACACAUCAGUGAGAGGAGCCAACAGUGUGGAGGGUCAAGGCAGCACCAUCACAUCAAGGCAAACAACCAGAAGGAAGAACUCUCAUAAGGACUCCAUUAGUUUUCCUGCUCACAAGUUGAUACUAGGGGCUGCUUCACCUUUUCUCAGGAAGGUAGACUUAGGACGUGAAACAAUGGUACUGAAUGAACACUACCUUGAACACCGUGAUGCUUGUGUUGAUAUCACAAUCCCUCAUGUGGUGCCAGAAGCCCUGCACUGCAUCCUCAACUUCCUAUACUGUGGCAGCACAGGUGUCCCUCCAGGCAUCAGGGAGAGUGUCUUGGAAGCUGCCAAUCUGCUGCAGAUCAAGGAUUUCACAGAUUACUAUCCUUCCAGUAUGAAGCUGGAGGGACUUUUUGAGCAGGAAAAUACAAUAUCUCAGGGAAAAGUAAUUGAGCCACAAAUGAAGACAGCAGAAUCUCCUCAUCAGAGAAAAGGCAGGAAAAGGAACAGGUUCAGUGACAAACAAAGUGUUCACUCACAAGUUUCCAAAGCUGCUGUCCAAGUGAAGGAGGAGGCUAGGGCAGAGCAGGGCAGUGGAAGCGUUGGUGGGGUGGGAGGAGGGCGGAGACGUAGGAAAAUAAAGAGCAGAUAUAGUGCAGAUAUUUAUGAGGUAAACCUCCCCAAAAUGAGGAAAUGGAAGAGGAGAAAAUUACCAGGAUUGUUAAAGAUUGAAAAGGAAGCACCUGUGCAAUGCCCAGCAAAGAUACAGCAGUCUGAUGUUUCUCAUAAGCCACAAAAACAUGCAGUGCCUUCUUUGACUUCCCUUAUUAUAGAAACUGAUGAAAAAUGUGAAAAUGAAUUGACAAAUGAUAAUGAUACAACAAAGAAUCCUUUUCCUGUUCCUUCUUCCCCUCCUCCUCCUCCUCCUACUUCUCUUACUCCUCUCAUUGAUUCUUCCUCAUUUACUGGGAAAGAAAACAGGAGCCCCACUUCACAACUUCCAUUAGCAUUAGCCUCCUCAUCAUCCACAGUCAUCAUGCCACCAAUAUUUGCAGCUGAUCAGCCCUUUCUCUCUGAUGCAGCUACAAAGUCUGAGGCAUUAGCAAAAAUAUCUUGUCCAUCAGCUAUUGUACAGGAAGAUUCUGUGGACAUUAAUGAGAGACCACUGGAGCCUUCCACCAUGGGCAUUGGCUCACCACCACCACCAUCACUGCUAUCAGAAGUGAAGGGGCUUCCAAUGAUGUCCCCGUCGUCUUCUCUUGCAAGUUUCCCUCUCAAGCAAGUAACAUCCCUCACUCACCAUCACAAGAUCUCAGAGCCACUUCAUGAGGAUAAAAUUGAAGAAGAGGAGCAAGAGGAUGGACUUUUCAAAUUCCAGGCGUUGCUGAAAGGGUGUGAAGAUUUCCCUGACGAGGUGUGCCCAGUCCCUCAGCCCUCACAGGGAGGCAGAGGAGGCAGCUCAGCAGAGAAGUACCAGCCUGGUAGGGGCAGUGUUGAUAUCAACCAGUGGAUAUCAGAGGAGAUUCAAAGCUGCAUAAUACCAACAACAAGUGAUUGUAACAAAGAGAGCAACCAGUGUGGGGCAUCAGUGGAGGAGAGUAAAAUGGAAGACACUGUCGAAGAAAUUACCAUGGAAAACAAGACUUUGGAUUCUGUUGGUGGUAAGAGUAAGAGCGAGGUUGAAUGUGAACACUGUGGGAAGAAAUUCUCUGAUCAACGCAGCUGCCAAUCACACAUUCGAGGCGUACAUGAUGAGGCACGGCAGAUGUGUAGGUACUGUGGGAAGAUGUUCAGGAGGCGCUGUGACUUGUACCAGCAUGAGAGAAGACACAGGACUGCCAACCUGCCGUGCAAGUAUUGUGGGAAGAUAUUCAAGGUGGCAAAAGAUCUUCAGGCACACAUUGCAACUCAUGUGGGAGGUAAACGCUUCCACUGCAGCCACUGUGACAAGGAACUCACAUCAUACAGAAACCUGAGGAACCAUAUUGCAAGUAUUCACCAAAAAGAAAGGCCCUUUGCAUGCCAGGAGUGCAAAAAGACAUAUUCAAAGGCAAGCUCAUUACAGGUACACAUGAGGUCAGUGCACACUGGAGAACGUCCCUUCGAGUGCAGUGUGUGUGACAAGACAUUCUGUAAUGCUGCCCUGCUGAAGAACCACCAGGUUGUCCACACAGGGGAGAAGAAAUAUUGCUGUAAGGUGUGUGGCCGUCCCUUCAGCCAGUACAGCAACAUGGUCAGCCACCAGCGCAUCCACACCAACAGCCGCCCAUUCCUGUGCCACAUCUGCAGUGAAGACUUCAAGACCAAGGAGGCAUUACUGAAACACAAGUGGGUGCACACAGGCCUCAGGCCACUCCGCUGCCGCCACUGCUUCCGGGAGUUCCGCAUCAAGGAGCGCUAUGAGAGGCACAUGCUCAAGUGCCACGACGAAGUGACCAGCCUCCCUGAGAUCUACUUUGAGGUGCCAGAUGACGUGGUGAAGGAGGAGAGCAGCAACUCCCCAUACUGUGACAUCAAGGUAAUUGGGACUGCUGGGGAGGAGGAGCACUUUGAGGACACCACUCAAUCCCAGAUGCUUGAUGACCAGCUUGCUGAUGGAGGUUCUUCAAGUAACCUUGGCCCAGUGGUUCAUCUGGUUAGCAGUAUGGCAGAGCAAGAGGUGGCUAGUGGGGAGGCUGGCCAUGUGCAACUAAGCUACCCACUACUGACCUCUGCCACCAGCUUGGAGGAAGGCAGCAGCAUCACUCUUGGGAGCAUUGCUGGCCAGAUAUCCUGUGAUGGACAUGUGGAACCUAUUGAUGUUGGGUGUUUGCUGAACAGUGAAGACACACCCAGUGGUGACGCCUUGAUCAUAUCAAGGGAGGGAAAGGCCGAGGUGCUGCCAGCCACAAUCCAUGACUCUGCUGUGGCAGACUGUGAGGAGGUGGUUAUCCUCACAAAAGUCUCUGAAGACACUGGUGAAAUAAGUCAGCCACAAUCCACCAUCAAAAUCUGGAUACCAAGUGAUGAGAGAUCAGAGUUGGAGCAACAGGAUGGUGAGGGAAGCAGCAGAGGGGAUAUCCUGAUUGUCUCCAACCCGACAUUUGCAGAGACAAGCCAGACGCAGCAGGUGUUGGACCCUGAGAUAAGCCCCCAAGCAGUGCACACCAUGAUACUUGAGGGGUCGAACUCCAGUCUGCAGUAAAUGUUGGUAGGAGGGUGUGAAGUGUUGUGUCCUUGGAAUAUAUUUAAGGCAGCUAUGGACUUGGAAAGAAAGCAAAGUAUUUCCAUUGAAGCUAACUUGUACUGAAGCCAAAAUAAGUAGUAUAUGAAUGAAUAUACAAAUAUCAGAAGAAAGAUAUAUAUUUUUAUACAACUACUUUUUUUUGAUACCUGGCAUGUAUGGCACCACCACACAUACAAAUCCACAUUUAUACAUACAUAUUGCCUCAUUUUGUUAAUUUUUGUAAAUCAAGAAUUAACCACAUUUUCUUGAUAAUAUAUAUAUAUAUAUAUAUAUAUAUAUAUAUAUAUAUAUAUAUAUAUAUAUAUAUAUAUAUGUGUGUGUGUGUGUACACACAGAGUAUAUUGCAUACAUCAGUGAGUCAUCAAAGGCUUACCACUGCCCUAUCAUGCACUUCUUUUUGUAUUACAGAUGAUAAAGUUGUGAAAUAAAAUAAAAAAAAUGAC